AUGAUGAUGAUGAUUGUGUCGCUGCUCCAGUGCAGACCCUGAACCUGGAGGAGGAAACCAGCAGCAACAGCAGCGCGGUCAGAAAACUUUCAGCACUGUGAGAUCUGGAUCUUUUCAGGUGUUCACCGGGUGAAGAUGAGCGACGCAAACGAGCCCAAAAUUGAGCUUUUUGUUAAGGCAGGAAGUGAUGGUCUGUGCAUCGGCAACUGCCCGUUCUCCCAGCGCCUCUUCAUGGUCCUGUGGCUGAAAGGAGUGGUUUUCGACGUCACCACAGUGGAUAUGAAGAAGAAACCAGACAUCCUGAAGGAUCUGGCUCCUGGAGCUCAGCCUCCCUUCCUGCAGUACGGCAGCGAGGUGAAAACCGACACCAACAAAAUCGAGGAGUUCAUCGAGUCGACGCUCUGUCCUCCAAAAUAUCCCCGUCUGGCGGCUCGUAAUCCAGAGUCCAACACAGCAGGAGUCGAUAUCUUCUCCAAGUUCUCUGCUUACAUCAAGAACUCAAACCCUCAGACUAAUGACAAUCUAGAGAAAGGCCUCAUUAAGGCUCUGCAGAAGCUGGACAACUACCUCGGCUCCCCACUUCCCGACGAGAUCGAUCAGGACGCCGCCGAAGAGGUCACUUCCUCGUCACGCCCCUUCCUGGACGGCCAGCAGCUCACCCUGGCGGACUGCAACUUGCUGCCAAAGCUGCACAUCUUGAAGGUGGUGAGUUUGAAGUACAGAAACUUCACCAUCCCAGAGUCUCUGACUAACGUCUGGAGGUACCUGAACGCAGCGUACGCCAGGGAAGAGUUUAGUGCUACCUGUCCUGUCGACACAGAGAUCCUCAUGGCGUAUUCAUCUGUAGCGAAAUCUCUGAAGUAGGACGGCGAUAGGCCUGUUGAAGUUAAAAAAACAAAUCCACACAGACAUCAGUAAUCAAAUAUUUACUCUGCAAACAACCAGGAUCUGUUUCCCUGCCGACGGGUGUUUUCUUUAAGCUUUGUUUACCUUUUGAUAUGCAGACUGCACACACCCACAGGUGGGUCUUUGUAUUUAUUCUCUACUUUAGUCAGGAUCGGUUACAUCAGCAGGGAGACGAGGGCAGAGUCUAGAUCAGUGGUGUCCAAACUUCUUCCGCCGAGACUCAAAAUGAGCUUUUCUGUCCAUUAAACAUCAUAAAAAUUAUAUUAUUAUGAAUGUUUUUUCCUUUACCUGCACAACAAUGAAUUGAACAAGUCAAAUUUUUUUAAAUCAAAACCAACUUUAGAAUGAAAUUUGCCUUAAUGUUUAAAUUUAUUUAACUUUUUGAACCAAUUAUUUUCUAUUUUGUUGGUCUGUAAAUUUGUGAAAACAAAAUUCUUUGUAUUUUCCAUUUAAGAUAUUAACUUGCCAUGGAAAUAACACCUUAAAAUGAUUUUAAAAAGUGUCCCUCUCAUCCUAAAUUUGCACUGUUUUUUUUAAACGCAGUCGGGGCCACAGAAACUCAUUCCAAGGGCCACAAAUGGCCCCUUCGCCGCACUUUGGACACCCCUGAUCUAGAUAAUACAGGACAAAAUCAAACUGUUUCUUUCAGGAAGGCUUGCAUUUUCACACACCUUUUUUUUUCACAAAAGCCUUUCUGUUUACGUUUAUUCACCUGCUUCAUUGAACUUUAACCUCAGAACAGAGCCGGUUCCAUCUUUUCUUUGGUAUUUGGGCAGAAUAACAAUUUGGGGCCCCACUCUCUCACCUAAUGCCACUGUUUGCUGCAAUUCUCAGCAGAACAAUGUUUUACUUAAACUUUAGGCUGGUUAAAGAAUCUAACUUUAUGAUAACCUUUAAGAAAAAAAAUUAUGCGUUUAAAAGAAUAUAAAAUGGACAUGUUAUGCUAAAUUAAUAUUUUUAUAUUUUUUUGUACUUCCCUACUGCCUCCGAAAGCAACCCAAGCUCUUAAAAACCAUCCAGAUGGUUUUUGGUUAUGGGUUGACAUCUUUUGGAAAGUUUUCUGUUUCAAAAAACCUCCAGAAUAUAAUGUAACAAAUCAGCCAGCUGCUUACCUAACAACCCAAGCGGCAUGUUUGCUCAGCUGGUUGUAUGGCUGCCUGAAAAGACAAGUGUUUCGCUGUUGAUUUAUCAUCUAGAAACCACUUGCUGCAUUCUUGUUGGUUGUGCCAGAGGCUCUACUAAUGCUUUUCAAAGAUGUAAGAAUGUGUAAUUGCUCAUUUGGGUUUAAAGUGACAAGAUGCCUCAAAACGGCUCAUUCUGGAAGGAGCACAAAAUAUCAGAAGUGAAGAAUAAUUUUGUGCAAAAAAGUUGUCAAAAAUGUUUCUUACAGCAAUAGACUUAUUCUAACUUGUUCAAGGAAGAAUUGUAGACCACCUUUAAAAGAAAAUUAUUUUUAUUUAAAGUAGAAAAGACUAAUUUGAUUUUGUUAUAAAAAGCAAAGUUAAACCAAACACAAAUCUGCAACAUUUCUUCUCUACCUGCUGUGUAUGAUGGAGAAAAACUUUUCAGGGUAAAAAGAAAAAUAAAAGAAAUAUUUUUUAUAUGGUCACAAGAAAGCAGACAGUUAUAGUAUAUAGUUUGUAAAAAGCAUGUUAGCACAAGAAGCUAUAAGUAUUAUUUCAUCUUUUAGUGGAAAGAUAACAGGCUAGCUACUGGAGUUUCUAGCAUGUCCAAUAUCAGUGUUUAGGCUUCCAACUAGUAAAAAAAAAAUACAUACAAGAUAUUUUGAUUUGCAUUUUUAAAGUAUAUAACAAUCUGCUAUUGGUAGAGUUGGUCCAUUGAUAAACUGCGGGCUAAUUAGCGACCCAGCUAACACAUCUAAUUGGCUAGCUAGCAUCAGUCACCAAAAAAAAUCAAAAAUUAAAUAUUUUUACUUUAAUACUACAGGAGAAAAAAACCCAUACAUGUCUGAUUACAACAUCAAAAUGGACAGUCGUUUAAUUUUCCCUUCUCUUUACUUUUCUUCCAGUGUAUUCUUAAGAUUAAUUAUUCCAACACGUCCAGAUUAACCCGUUUUAGUCUCUCGUCAUUUUUUAGGGAAGUGAUAUUUGCAUACCGUCGAGUCAUUUUGUGUUUUAAUCACAGGUGUUUCCCACAGACUUUAUCACAGAGGAAACACAGCUUUUCAUGAUUUAGAAAAGAUUUGCAUUCAUUACGGAACAGAGGAAAACAUCGAGCCGGCGCUGAAAGCAGUUCGACAGGAAACCGUUUCAAUAGACGCAGGCUUCCUCUUUCUGCCCUCCCACAGCAAGUGUGAAGGAUUAGUCAAGAUUAGUGAGCUUGUUUUGUGAUCCUCUUUCAAGGCCUCUAAUUAAUAACUACAUGAAUGGAAGAGAGACUGUGAGCAGAUUUUUAGGCUUUUUGAUUGCUUCAAAAUACCAUAACCACUCCCUGUUUUCUUUUAAAUUAAAAUCGACUAAAUCAAAAAUUUUGCUGUGGUAGGAUUUGUAGUAACAUAAAGUAAAACCAGUACAUUACAAUAAAAUCGUGGUAUUUUUUUUUCCUAAGGCUAUCAUAAUGUUUGAAUUUUACAGUAACCCAUACCUAAUUAAAACAUUUUUCUUUUGAUUGUGGUUGAGUUUUGGAGCUCAGAAGUUGUAUAUUUAAAGUUUAAGCCUAAUAACAAAUAUUAUUAUUAAUGGGAAACAAUUAGAUGAAAAUCUUUGCACUGUAGCUGGUGUAUGGAGCCCCCUGUUGGUGUGGAGCCGCAGAAAGCUGCAUAGUUUGCUUAUUCCUUGUUCUGGCUCGGCCCUUGUUGAUGUGACUGACUAGACAGCUGUGUAGUUUUCACGUUUCCACAGUUAAAUAGGAUUUAUUGAAGUUCCUGGAGAUACUUUCUUAUUGGAAAUGAGCCACUGAAUCUGUUUUUAAAAAGUCUGUGGAAGGAACACAACUGUAUGGGAUUUUAUUAUUGUUCAAUUAUUUCAUGAAAAUGUUUCAUUUUUAUGUAAUGUUUGCAGUUAAGUUGAAAAAACAUCUGUUUAGAACACGUGUCAAACUUGAGGCCCGUGGGCCAAAUCCGGCCCGUCAUAGCCUCUGGAUUCUGGACUAAACAUUAAGUCUGCUUAAAUAUAAUGUUUUCAAUCAAAUCAAUGCAGUUUUUAUCUGUUUACUACAAAAUUACAUCAGUCAGUCCCUCCAGUUUCUUGCCUAUUAUGGAAAUUAACAAAAAUCAACAAAACCACACAUUUCUUGCACGAAUUAUUGGGAGUUUAUUGAAGAGUUCUCUUAAAAAUUAUCAAAAAACUUUCUAACUUGUACUGAACAGCUGCUUCAGUCUUAACGGAUGUCAGAUUAUUGCCCACGAUCUAAACAGCGAGGAAUAAAAACUUGUAUCUACCGUCAUAAAUAAGUGCAAAUAUUUCCAAAUUACAACCACAAACAAUUUGAUUCUUAUUGCAGAAAAAAAUCACAAAAACAAUCAUGAAGUUCUGGCGGAACUAAAAAGACAUUCAAUUAUAUUAUUUAAUGUUAAAAAUUAAUUAUUUUUAACAGUUUAUCAAUACAUUCUGGCACUACCGCCCCUUUAAGAGCACUCAUGAUCUUGAUUUGAUCCAAAAGGAAAAUGAGUUUGACAUCCUGCUUUAGAACAUGGAUUUGUUUCUCUGUUACAUAUCAAACAUGUGAUCAAAGUAUAGAUUACUUGUAUAUUUUGGUUACGUGAAUUUCUUCUGACAAAAUAGCAAAUUAUAAAUAUGCCGCCGUUAGCCUUAUUUUUAUCCAAAGAGAUCUGAGACUCGGUCGUAACUCUGUCUGUUGGUCCAAUUCACAACGCGAAGUUUUCUUGCCUAUAAAACGACCUUUAUUGAAAUCAAACUGGAAGGAACAGGAGCUAAUAACACACUUUGUUUGGUUAAGCACUAACACAUCCAGUGAACCUCAGGGUAACACAGUUUAACAUUUCCAGAGGCUAUUUUGACAUUAAGUUCUUUAGUGUUGCUGAAAAUGACCGAAGUGCAAUUAGAAAAUCCUGUCCAUGUAGCUGGACUGUUAGAAAUCAGCUCUGAGUUAAUUCACCUCAAUAAACCCGAAUCUGUUAAGGAUUUGGGUUUGAUUACAGAAUGUUGUCGUGGAUUUGAUCUGUUUUUUUAAUAUAGACUAAUGCUUAAAGGGAUUAAAUAGGAAUACCUUCACUGUUAAUCUUAUUAAUGUUUUUGUCCAAGCAUAGCAGAAACUCUCAUUUCUUAAUAUAUAUUUGAAACAAUUUCAGGGACCAGGAAAUGUGUUGGAUUUUUAUUUUCUGCUCUUCAUUUCACAUGUUUUGUUAUUGAUGUUGUCAUUUUUCACUUUGUCUUAAUGCAUCAUGAAGUUAAAAAAAAAUCAAAGCGGCAGCGAGGACAAUCAAACUCACAGCUGAAAAAUUUUUAUUUCACUUUUAUUAAAGUUCCAAUAAAAAUAUCUUCAUAAUAAAA